CCAAUUGUGUCUCACGUGUUUAUUGUAAAUCUUCUUGAGCGUGAAGAUGAGCUAUGUCUGCUACACACUUUUGAGCAGACUAAUCAUAACAUAUUCUUAUACAUAUUCAAUGUUUAUAGGAUUAAGGUAUAACUCCAAAACAAGUAAACUCAGUGGACUUCAAGUCUGAAAUGAAAUUAAACUUAAUGUAGCAGGUGGUCGAAUCGACAUAGCCUAAAUCAAAAAGAAUACGAGCACGAUUUAAUAAGUGCAUGGCGCACUCUUUCUUGGCAUGUGGUGUAACUGCCUUCUGGUAAUUGUGAAAUAUUUGCGCUUUCUAUCCGGUUCUCAGCAGAGGCAUUGAUACCAAUCCCUUUACCAAAAUGAAAUGUGCAUUUUGCUGCGUUGCAUUAUGAUCAAAUGAAUUCAGUGGGCGCUGAGUGCACUCCAUCGAUUGGACAUUGCUGUCUCCAUUCCGCGGGCAUGCGAGGUUUGCUUUUCAGUCAUCUUCAUUAUCAGGAAAUGUCAAUAUAUGUUGUUUAAACACAUUAAGUGACUGUUGUAUAAAGGCUACUUUACGUCAUCGGUCAAUUUGACUUAUCUGUAAUCAGCAGCAGGCAACUAAAGUUAGGCGAGUCAAGACUUUCCACUGGACAGCGCUCCAGCGGCUUUGGGAUCGAGACAGCCUACUCAAACGCAUGGAUUUCUUUGGGAUAUUUCAAACGAUGGAUGGAGCUCUUUGGAAGUAAGGUCGAUGACAUUCUUCAAGUAAUCUACACAAUAUUACAAACAGGAACGACAUUUUUCUUGAUUCUUACAUUGACACGUUUGUGCAUUGGAUAUGGGUCAGUUCACACCGAGAAGAUUCUGCCAGAGCAGACCCGGUAAAGGGGAAUUCACUCAGCAACCCGGAGAAUUGAGCCGAGUGGCCUGAAGGCUCUGACACGAAUCAACUAACCCCCCCACCACCAAGGGAAGGGGAGAGAUUAAAAACUCCUGAUCGACGUGGAGGGAGAGAGUAAGAGAAGGAGGGAGAGAGAGAGAGAGGGGGAAAAAGAGCUUAUCAUACACCUUUGCUCUUCUUAAUGCCCCCUGUGAGGGAUCGCCAUAGGCAGGGUGGUGAGUAACAGCGGGCAGAGGAGUAGCUGCCCACCACACUAGUCAGACCAUGGAGUGAGGAGAAUAGAAGGAAAUAAAAAGAUAAGAAAAGAAGAGGAUAUAUCCUUUGAAGAACCAAACUUAAAGCAAAGCAACGAGACACAUCACCUCUUCUGUGCCCACCUCUUCGAAAAGUAUUAUUAAGAUUAACCCCCAUGACAUGAAGUAGUGUUCUCUGUGUUCCUGAUUCCGCUGGGUUCUAGAGUGUGUCAGUAUUCGUGUCUGGGCUGUGGUCAUGGUGUCUCAGCUCCAGGGGUGUGCUUUGCAUCGGACAGACAGGAUCUGUCACAGAGGCAGCCUGAUCAGGCUCUUACUUCUACUCUACUGCUCUCUCAUGACCGCCCAGGCUGCCAAACCCAAAGGCCCGGGUGGCACACACCUCAACUCCAUCCGCAUCGACGGAGACAUCUCCCUGGGAGGCCUGUUCCCUGUGCACGCCAGGGGCAACGAAGGCAAGGCCUGUGGGGAGCUGAAGAAGGAGAAGGGGAUCCAUCGUCUGGAGGCCAUGCUGUUCGCCCUAGACCGUAUCAACAACGACCAUUCCCUGCUGCCCAACAUCACGCUGGGAGCACGCAUUCUAGACACGUGUUCCCGGGACACCCACGCCCUGGAGCAGUCACUUACCUUCGUCCAGGCCCUCAUCGAGAAGGAUGGGACGGACGUCAAGUGUCUUGGCGGGGGAGCACCCAUCAUCACCAAGCCUGAGAGGGUAGUGGGAGUCAUUGGAGCAUCGUCCAGCUCUGUGUCCAUCAUGGUGGCCAACAUACUGCGGCUCUUCAAGAUCCCCCAGGUGAGUUACGCCUCCACGGCCCCGGAGCUGAGCGACAACACACGUUAUGACUUCUUCUCGCGCGUGGUGCCCCCAGACACCUACCAGGCCCAGGCCAUGGUGGACAUCGUCAAGGCCAUGCGCUGGAACUACGUCUCCACUGUGGCGUCAGAGGGCAACUACGGAGAGAGCGGGGUGGAUGCCUUCAUACAGAAGUCUCGAGAGGAUGGAGGUGUGUGCAUCUCUCAGUCAGUCAAGAUUCCCCGGGAGCCGAAACAGGGAGAGUUUGAUAAGGUCAUUCGCAGACUAAGAGAAAACCCAAAUGCAAGGGUGGUCAUUAUUUUCGCCAAUGAGGAUGAUAUCAGGCGGCUACUCCAAGCAGCCAAGAAGGCCAACCAGACUGGCCAUUUCAUCUGGGUGGGCUCAGACAGCUGGGGCUCAAAGAUCUCUCCAGUGUUACACCAGGAGGAAAUGGCAGAGGGAGCAGUCACCAUCCUGCCCAAACGCCAGUCCAUCAGAGGGUUUGAUCGUUACUUCAUCAGCCGCACACUGGAGAACAACAGGAGGAAUAUCUGGUUUGCUGAGUUCUGGGAGAACAACUUCGCCUGCAAGUUGAGCCGACACGCUUUGAAGAAAGGGUCCGGGCUGAAGAAAUGUACAAAUCAGGAGCGGAUAGGGAAGGACUCCAACUAUGAGCAAGAGGGGAAGGUGCAGUUUGUUAUCGAUGCAGUCUAUUCCAUGGCCCAUGCGCUGCACAACAUGCACAGGGAACUCUGUCCGGGGAAGGUGGGCCUUUGCUCCAGGAUGGAUCCCAUCAAUGGCACUCUACUGCUCAAACACAUCCGCAUGCUCAACUUCGCAGGAAUAGCUGGCAACCCAGUGCUCUUCAAUGAGAAUGGAGACGCCCCUGGUCGCUAUGAGAUUUAUCAGUACCAGAUCAGAAACAGAACAGCUGAGUACAAAAUCAUCGGUCACUGGACCGAACAGCUCUCUCUGACCAUCCGAGCAAUGCACUGGCCAGGUGGAGGUCGUCAGAUCCCUUACUCCAUCUGCAGCCACCCCUGCCAGGCCGGAGAGCGCAAGAAGAUAGUGAAGGGCAUCCCUUGCUGCUGGCACUGUGAGCGCUGCAACGGCUACCAGUACCAGUCAGACACCUACAGCUGCAAGAUGUGUCGCUUUGACCUGCGUCCCAACGAGAACCACACUGCCUGCCGUCCCAUCCCCAUUGUCAAGCUGGAGUGGAGCUCCCCAUGGGCCAUCAUCCCUGUCCUCAUCUCCGUAGCGGGCAUUAUGGCCACUCUGUUCGUGGUGGUCACAUUCAUCCGCUACAACGACACACCCAUCGUCAAGGCGUCAGGCCGCGAGCUCAGCUACGUUCUGCUGACUGGUAUCUUCAUGUGCUAUGCCACCACCUUCCUCAUGAUUUCUGCCCCUGAUGUUGGCAUCUGCUCCCUCAGACGGAUCUUCCUGGGUCUGGGGAUGAGUAUCAGCUACGCAGCCCUGCUCACCAAGACUAACCGCAUCUACCGCAUCUUCGAGCAGGGAUCCAUGUCGGUGAGCGCCCCCAGGUUCAUCUCCCCAGCCUCCCAGCUGGUCAUCACCUUCAGCCUGACGUUGGUGCAGCUACUGGGGGUGUGUAUCUGGUUUGGGGUAGACCCGUCUCAGGCCAUCAUCGACUACGAGGACCAGCGCACGGCCAAUCCGGACAUGGCCCGUGGCGUGCUCAAAUGUGACAUCUCUGACCUUUCACUGAUCUGCCUGCUGGGUUACAGCAUGCUGCUCAUGGUCACCUGCACGGUGUACGCCAUCAAGACCCGGGGGGUGCCGGAGACCUUCAACGAGGCCAAGCCCAUCGGCUUCACCAUGUACACCACCUGUAUAGUCUGGCUGGCCUUCAUUCCCAUCUUCUUUGGCACCUCCCAGUCCACAGAGAAGAUGUACAUCCAGACCACCACUCUGACCAUCUCCGUGAGUCUGAGUGCCUCUGUCUCUCUGGGGAUGCUCUACUUGCCCAAGGUCUACGUGAUCCUCAGGCACCCGGAGCAGAACGUGCCCAAACGCACACGCAGCCUUAAGGCCAUGGUCACUGCCACCACCAUGUCCAACAAGUUCAACCCCAAGGCCAGCCUACGUCCCAAUGGAGAGGCCAAGACUGAGCUGUCUGAGAGCCUGGAAACACAAGCUUUCGCCACAAAGCAGACAUACAUCAGCUACAGCAACCAUGUCAUCUAGGAGAGGAAGGCCGUCGUCGUUGUUCUGGAUGGUCACCUCAUGGCGGGUGAAAAUGUUCUUAUGCACUGGAAUUAAAUGGGAAAUAGAGGAAGAAAAUGGACAUGGGACAUGUUGUGAGGAUCACUAAAGGAUUUCCCAGGGAAUAGUCAUAAUAAAGGAAAGCGAGAAGACCACACAGAGAUGCAGAGAGGGACCCUCAAGGGCCCAACAGAACAGAUACAGUAUAAUGGUGAUGCUCCAUCUUGUCGGCCAUGACAGACAAGGCCAACACUUCCCCCCUGGCAGAGACCGGAGAGGAUAUGAUGCGGGAUGAGGCUUCUUCUCCCUUCUCGUUGUUUGCAUUGCAGCUUUAUUCUCUCUAUUUCUCUCUCUCUCUCUCUCUCUCUCUCUCUUUUUUUUCUUAUCUUAUCUUGAGCCGACCGGACUGACAUGCAAUCCAAUUGAAAGAAUCUGUUCAGGUGUAUGCCAUGCAAGGUUGUAGUCUGCUAGUGUUCUCAACAAUAAGGGACAUUGCUCUCAAUGCUACAGGAAGUUGCAGAGCCACCAGGAUGAGAUCAGUCUUUUAUUUCAAGGAGGAUUUUAAGUGACAUAAUUGAUUUUUGUUGUUUUUUUAAAGGUAUUCCAGUUUAAAUACUGGAUUCAAGAAACCAUUCCAACAAUGCAGGAUAAUUGUACGCCAUCAUAUUUUUGUUGUUUUUGCCUUACCUGUCUUCAUUGAGUUGACCCAAAAAAUUAUAAUGAUGUUGACAAAAAAAUAAUAUGGUCAUUACUGAUUUUGAGCAUGCCAGUUUGAACAUCCUGUGUUGUGUUGUAAAAAAAAUAUUGGAAUGCGUUCAAACUCUGUUGCAGUGUGGUUUCUAUUAUAUGUAAAUUCCAAACUGGUGAAGGUCUAGUGAGUGAUCUUUGUUUCUUUGUGUGAGGUGAGGCCCUGAUCUGUGUUAUUAACUAACCAAAGGCUACCACUGUCCUCUGCCCACUUUGCCCAUACUUUAAUACUGUAACUCCAGACUAAAACAAAGAGUCUCUCAGUACAAAUAGAGAUGUGUCAUGGUGGACUGAACACAGAGGUGCAGAAUGCCUCAAGAUAAAAACGUAAUAUUCAAAAUCUGUAAAUUUGACUAAAUAUUAGCACUUCACUCCACAUACUGUUCUCAUGGGCAAUAACCUUCAAUCUGGAUAACAACACAAAACAAAUUGUAAGGCUAGAGAAAUGUAUCGACCAAUUUCACCAAUACAAUCAACACCAAAACAUGUCGGAGAGUAAGCAUGGAGUACCAAUCCCCAAAAGAAUAUUAGAAUCCUUGAUGGACACAUACGAUUUAUGCUUUUCACCACUGGGAAUGGUAAGUGUAGAAACCGACUUGCUAAAGUCGAUAAACGAUAAACUGGGCAUACUUGAACUAGUCAGUAAAGAUAUAAAGCAAUUGAAGGCGAGCCUCGAGAUCAGUGACGAAAAAGCUGCGACAAUGGAGAAAGAAACAAACAAGCUAAAAGGUACAGUCAAAUACAAUUGAAACGGACGUUAAAAAACUUUAAAAGGAGAACAUGUUUCUGAGACCAGCCUUACUUGAAAUACAGACUAGAUCUAUGAGAGCAAAUCUGGUACUUACUGGUAUCAAAGAAAAAGAGGGUGAAGAUCCUGAAAGUGGGAUGAAAUAAUGAUGUCUUGAAGAGCUACAGAUCCCAGGCGAUACUGUUAACCAAAUCAAACUCUAACGUGUACACCGUUUAGGACAGAGUGGACAGAGAUAUAAGCACCCAAUCAUUGCCAAAUUUGCAUUCUUCCGAAAUAAAAGAAAAGUUAAAAGCCUAGGUGGAAGACUCACUGGCACGAAAAUAGGCAUGAAUGAUCAGUUCCCGAAGGAAAUUGCAGAACGGCGUAGUUUAUCUCGUUGUCGAUAAACUGUAUAUUGAUAACCAAUUGUUCCGAGUCACCAAGACUACUCCAUGGCAUUUCUAAAUACUACAAAGUUCCCAUAAAGGAGUCCAAUAACGGAACAUCCAAUACUAUCCAUGGUAGGGAUUGUAAUACAUUUUUUUGGAAAACUAGUCUCUCAGGCUGCAAGAGGCCCUAUAGUGAGAUACCAUCGAUGACCCCCAUCCAUUUCCAGCAGCUAUCCUACCGGUCACACAAAGGUACAGCUAAGUUGUACAGAUCCAAAUCCAUUAAAUGGGGAGUAAAGUAUCCCCAGGGGAGUAUGCCACACAGUAGUCGUGCACCCAGGAUGAUAUCCAUAAUGGAUAAAACAGUGGUUUUAUGUGGUAAAACAGUAGACUAAUUAAUAAAAAAAUGAAUUAUCUCUGAGGACUGUGUCCUGUUUUGCAAAAUGCUUCAGCGAUAUACUAGUAUACUAUAUGACCUCAAGCUACAGAAAGGAAUCUACUCAAGACAAAAUGCCAAAGGAUCCAGUAGUCCAUUCGGCCGCCAUCAGUUCUCUGAAUAAAUACAUCAGAAGUGGUUGCUGUAAAACUGAACAGUCCUUUAGUUUAUUUUAUUUUAUAUUGUGAGGUCAUUUGUGAUGUGAACUCAACGCUGCUUUUCCAUUAACCUCUGUAUUACUAAAAUAAUAAAAUAACGUGAGUGCUGACCAAAUGAAAUGGCAAGUUAAUGUACGUUAUUAAAUAGAUUGAUGAUGUCCGCUUUUAUGUCUUGACAAAUCUAAAAA